UUUGACCUGCAAGGUCUAUAUCCCAGCUGUCCUCCCUGCCAAGUUAGAGAUCUGCAUGGAACUGUUUUCUGCUCAGUCUCCACAGAGGCAGGUUGUGGCAAUGUUUCAUUCCUGAGCACUUCUGGUGCAGGAUGGAUGUUCUGCACCUGGCAUUUUCCCUGUGGAGAGAUGAGUUAUGGGCACUGCUUCACGUGAAUCCCCCUUAGGGCUGGCAAACCCUGUGGAUACUGUGGGAUGAGCCAUAAAAAUACAGUGUUUUUUAUGGACAGAGAAGAACUGAGAGCCUCACAAAUAAAGAUGUUCUGCCUCUGAGCUUGUCAGGCCUUUGAGCUAAGUCCUGUUCUGCAUUAAGUAGAGCAGAUGUUGGUGAUUGAACAAAUACAGGUUUGUGUGGCCUCAUCCUGCCUCCUUAAGAUGCCAUCCUUACCCGUGCUGAAUUAUUCAUGCUCUCCAUUUUGCAGGAAUGCCGAGUUUGUAGGUGAAAUCCAUAAACAGCAAAGAGAACAUGUUGGUGAAGGUGGGAUCUGCCUCACGGUCUGUCUCGCUGGGGUGGCUCAGUGUAGCAGUAGGAGCUGUAUUUGGUAGGUGUUGCUGUGAAUUCCAAAAAAUACUCUGCCGUGUUGUGGUUGUUCGCGGCAGUACGAGCUCGUUGAGAAUACAGAGCACUUCAAAGGGAGGUUCCGAGGGAUGUUUCUUUGUUAAGACAAAAAUGCAGGUACUCUGUGACCUCAAAACUGGGUAAACGUCAUCCACAGAGUAGAAAAAGGGAAGUACUCCUGUGUGUAGUAAAUCGAGGAACAACUCUACAACUGCUUCCUAUUGUAAAUAGGGCCCUGACAAAGCAGUAAUAAUUUAAAGGCUUAAAACUGCCCGGGAGUUUAACCUGCUUACGUUAAAUUCUCUUUCUGGAUUCUUUUCUAGAAGAGUCCCUCUCCUUUCCCUGAUGGAGACUAAUCUUCAGGGGUUAAAGUUUGCCCUGUUCCAAUUCUACACGUGGGACUCCGAGCGACAGCGGGCUUAGUACUAAAACCGAGCAGAGGUGCUCCUGAUCGCAGAGGUGAAAAGCACACUCGGGAUAAAAAAAAUAUAUCUGUCUCUUUAUUAGGUUUUUGGGAAGUGUUUUCCUGUCUCUUCCCUCCCCCCGGGCAGAAGGGAAUUCAGGAUGAUGGGAUUACCCUGUGAUAAAGCUGACCCAUUGUGCUGCCUUUCGGCAUUUUCUUUAUCUCGUUUCCAGGGAAGGAACUCCCUCUCUUUCCCAUAAGGCUGUCCCUGUCCUUUUGAUGGGUUUAUACAGGAUUUCCUGCUGAGUCAAUAGAGGAGGAGUGCAGGGAGAUAGCAGCCGGGAUUCCAGGGCGCCGGAGGAGGUUGCAGCCCGGCGGAGGCAGAGCCUUUUGUCUUAUCCCCUGGAGCCCACCACCCACUUCCUCCAUGUCCAUAGCCAGCCAGCGUUUCUCUCACCAUGAGUUCUGAAUUAAACGUCCCGGUGGAUCCCUCCACCCCUGCUUGCUGCUCUGAGCCUGGCACGAAGGGCAUGGAUUACCGGGACUGGGUCCGGCGCAGCUACCUGGAACUGGUCACCUCAAACCACCACUCUGUUCAAGCCCUUUCCUGGAGAAAGUUGUACCUGAGCCGAGCCAAACUGAAAGCUUCCAGCAGAACCUCUGCUCUGCUCUCUGGAUUUGCCAUGGUUGCCAUGGUGGAGGUGCAGCUGGAGGUGCAGUACAAGUACCCCCAGAUGCUGCUGAUCGCCUUCAGUGCCUGCACGACGGUGCUCGUGGCGGUUCAUCUCUUUGCCCUCCUCAUCAGCACCUGCAUUCUGCCCAACGUGGAGGCAGUGAGCAACAUCCACAACCUGAACUCCAUCAGCGAGUCCCCCCACGAGCGCAUGCACCCCUACAUCGAGCUGGCCUGGGGCUUCUCCACCGUCCUGGGGAUCCUCCUUUUCCUCGCGGAGGUCGUGCUGCUGUGCUGGAUAAAAUUCCUGCCUGUGGGCUCCAUCCUGAAGAACGAGACCACCAACGUGGAGAAGCCCAGCAGCCACGCAGGGUGGCAGUCAGCACUGGUCUCCACCAUCAUCAUGGUCCCCGUGGGCCUGAUUUUUGUUGUCUUCACCAUUCACUUCUACCGCUCCUUGGUGCGGCACAAAACGGAGCGGCACAACCGGGAGAUCGAGGAGCUCCACAAACUGAAAGUGCAGUUAGACGGGCAUGACAGAGGCAUGCAGGUGGUGUGACAGAGCCUGCACACCCCCUCAGCUGGGGCUGAGGGCAGCACACCCGGUUUGCUACUCGGUGGGACGCACCAGUGGUGGAUUGUCUUGAGGCUUCAAUCUGUAAAUGCUAAUUGCCUGCCAUUUCUAGCUGUGGGUUCUUGUGCUGUUUCACAUGCUGGGGUCUCUGGCCUGAUUCUGGUCCUGCACACUUGGUACUUGAGUUGACACUGCCGUGGAGUUCAAGGUCAAAACUUUACCUUAACGUGGGUUCAGGUAGCCAAAAAUCUGUGUUUUUUUUACGAAUGCAAUAUUCUGUUGCCAAAAGUAAAACUGCAUCAGCUUCCAAAAAGCCAGUGUGUGUAGGACCUGUCUUGCAUGUCAGAACUCCCUGGCUGUCAGUGCAGCCACAAUUAACUGGCAGCUCAUUUCUAGAGCAGAGCUGGUUAAUGUGGGUACCUGCAGCUGACUCAAGGACAUCCAGGAAAGCACAACAGAAACCGAGAGUGUUGAUCACCGUUGUUCCAAAGCAAGUAUUCCAUAAAUACAUAACCAGAAAGAAAUCA